UUCCAUUCUCUCUCUCUCUCUCUCUCUCACAGAUCCAGUGUUCUUCGUCUUCGUCACCAGAUUCAUCCCUUUCUUGAGGUGGAUCUCGCAUCGAAUUGGCCUCCUUGCGUUUGGGGGUUCAUUCUCCAGCCGGAUCUCGCUUUCCGGGGAUAGUCAACAAGCCCUAAGCCAUGAAUCCCUUCUCUUCGGGUACUCGUUUGAGGGAUAUGAUCCGUGCUAUACGUGCUUGUAAAACUGCAGCAGAAGAACGAGCUGUUGUAAGAAAAGAAUGUGCUGCUAUACGGGCUGCCAUCAGUGAAAAUGAUCAAGAUUAUAGGCACCGUAACCUUGCAAAACUAAUGUUUAUUCACAUGCUUGGUUACCCCACUCAUUUUGGUCAAAUGGAAUGCCUCAAAUUGAUAGCUUCUGCCGACUUUCCUGAGAAAAGGAUAGGAUAUCUCGGGCUUAUGUUGCUGCUUGAUGAAAGACAAGAGGUUCUUAUGCUGGUGACAAAUUCUUUAAAACAAGAUUUAAAUCAUUCAAAUCAAUUCAUUGUGGGCCUUGCUCUUUGUGCUCUCGGGAAUAUAUGUUCUGCAGAAAUGGCACGAGAUCUUGCUCCAGAAGUGGAAAGACUGCUACAAAGCAGAGAUCCAAACAUUAAGAAAAAAGCCGCUCUCUGUUCUAUAAGAAUUAUAAGAAAAGUUCCAGACCUGGCAGAAAACUUUAUGGGUCCUGCUGCUGGUUUACUUAAGGAAAAACAUCAUGGUGUAUUGAUUGCUGGAGUGCAGCUAUGCACUGAUUUAUGCAAAGCUAGUACAGAGGCAUUGCAAUACUUAAGAAAGAACUGUACAGAUGGAUCUAUUCGGAUAUUAAGAGAUGUGUCAAACAGCCCAUAUGCUCCCGAGUAUGACAUUUCUGGGAUUACGGACCCUUUCCUGCAUAUCAGAGUGCUUAAACUCAUGCGCAUGUUGGGUCAAGGAGAUGCAGAUGCAAGUGAAUACAUGAAUGAUAUUCUCGCACAGGUUGCAACUAAGACCGAGUCAAACAAAAAUGCUGGGAAUGCCAUUCUUUAUGAAUGUGUUGAGACUAUAAUGGGUAUUGAAGCUACUAGUGGUCUACGUGUUCUUGCAAUCAAUAUCCUGGGAAGAUUUUUAUCAAAUAGGGACAACAACAUCAGAUAUGUUGCACUGAACAUGUUGAUGAAGGCUUUUACAGUUGAUCCUCAAGCAGUCCAGAGACAUAGAUCAACGAUUUUGGAGUGUGUCAAGGACUCUGAUGCUUCAAUCCGGAAAAGAGCUCUGGAGCUUGUUUAUCUUUUGGUUAAUGAAACCAAUGUACAACCUUUGACAAAAGAACUUAUUGAUUAUCUGGAAGUAAGUGAACAAGAAUUCAAAGAAGAUCUUACGGCCAAAAUUUGCUCGAUCAUCGAAAAGUAUUCCCCAGAUAAGUUGUGGUACAUUGAUCAGAUGCUCAAGGUUUUAUCUGAGGCUGGGAACUAUGUAAAAGAUGAUGUCUGGCAUGCCCUUAUAGUUGUGGUGAGCAAUGCAUCCGAUCUUCAAGGGUACACUGUUAGAUCACUUUACAGGGCAUUGCAAUCUUCUCCUGAACAGGAAUCUUUAGUGCGAGUAGCUGUAUGGUGUAUUGGUGAAUAUGGUGAAAUGCUAGUCAAUAAUGUUGGAGUCCUGGAUGGAGAGGAACCAAUAACGGUAACAGAAUCUGAUGCUGUGGAUGUUGUAGAGGCUGCCUUGAGACAUCAUUCCUCAGAUAUUACCACUCGGGCAAUGUCGCUAAUUUCUCUAUUGAAGCUUUCUUCUCGUUUUCCCCCAACGACAGAGAGGAUACGCGAAAUAAUAACGCAUGAAAAAGGUAGUCUUUUGCUAGAACUGCAGCAAAGAUCGAUUGAGUUCCAUGCCAUUAUUCAGAAACAUCAGAACAUCAAAUCGUCUCUACUUGAACGGAUGCCUGUUCUGGAUGAGUCAACAUAUGUCAGAAAGAAAGUCGGAUCUUCAGAUGCAACCUUUUCUGCUGAUAAAACUGGCCAACGGGUCUCUGCUGGAACGCCAGUUAACAUUCCAAAUGGUGUGGCCAAGCAGCAAGCUGCACCCCUAGUUGAUUUGCUUGAUUUAAGCUCGGACGAUGUACCUGUGGCUAGUUCAUCUGCUACUGAUUUCCUGAAUGAUCUUCUGGGAGUUGAUUUGCCAAGUCAAUCAUCAUCAGGUGUUGUUUCAACAGGGACUACAGAUCUUUUGAUGGAUCUUUUAUCAAUUGGAACAUCUCCUGUGCAAAAUGAUUUGUUAGCACCUGAUAAUCACACCUCAUCAGUUGCAACAUCAGGGAAAAUACCAUCAGUUUCUUCCCCACCUUCUGUGAAAGGGGUUGCUUUAGAAACUAAAUCUCCUCAGGCUCCUGGUCCUUCACCUGUAUUAGAUCUGUUAGAUGGCUUGUCUGACAUGUCCUUCUCAGAUGAAAAUCCAACCUUCCCAUCUAUUACUGCUUUCCAGAGUAACUCAUUAAAGAUCACAUUCACUUUCACUAAGCAGCCUGGGAAACCUCAAGUUACACAGAUCAAGGCUAGUUUUACAAAUAUGUCAUCUAACACGUACACAGAUUUUCUAUUUCAAGCAGCUGUUCCAAAGUUUGUACAGUUGCAUCUUGACCCAGCCAGCAGCAACAUUCUUUCAGCCAGUGGCAAUGGGUCAAUUACUCAAACAUUAAGUGUUACUAAUACACAACAUGGGCAGAAAGCCCUCGCAAUGCGAAUAAGGAUAGCCUAUAAAGUGAAUAACCAAGACAUGCUGGAACAAGGACAAGUCAACAAUUUCCCUCAGGGAUUGUGAAAGUCAGGGGUUUGUUUCGACCGGAAACGAGAGGUGUGCCGUUUUUCUUUGUUCUAUCCCCUUCUUGAUGCAGUCAUCGAUGAGUGUUAUCUCAUGUUAGGAAAUCAUCGGGCCAUUAUCUAAUAUCGGGUUGUCCGCCCUGGUUCGUAUUUUGUAAUGAAAUGAAAAAACAGUGCCGAGCACUCCCCAAAUUUUUUCCGAUAGCAGGUUAACCAAUUUGUCACCUUUUUUUCUUGUAUAUUUUGCAUAUCAUAUCAUAUUAUAUCGGUUGUUUGAGUUUGAGGUGAAUUAUUCUAUUAUUCUUCCUUGUCAAAGUAAAAGCAGAUUGUAGUGUUGUAAACUCGCAGCGAGACGAUGAUGCUGAAAUUGUAUGAUUAUUUUUGUCACUUCCUGCUGCUUGUCAUACAUAAACUCUUCGAAAUCUUCGGCAUUAUUAUUCA